AUCCACCAUUUACUCGCGCAAUUUCUUCUUUUAGAAAGGUAAAAAGAAACAGAUAAAUCUAGUAACCAAUUAACCAUGUCUUGCCCCACCGCCGGUCAGGUCAUCCGCUGUAAAGCCGCCGUUGCAUGGGAAGCCGGGAAACCGUUGGUGAUAGAGGAAGUAGAUGUGGCGCCGCCGCAGAAGAUGGAAGUCCGCAUGAAGAUUCUCUACACCUCCCUUUGCCACACCGAUGUUUACUUCUGGGAAGCAAAAGGUCAAACUCCUCUGUUCCCUCGAAUCUUUGGGCAUGAAGCCGGAGGGAUUGUGGAGAGCGUAGGGGAGGGGGUGACACACGUGCAACCGGGAGACCACGUUCUCCCGGUGUUCACAGGGGAGUGCGGCGAAUGCCGGCACUGUCACUCUGAGGAGAGCAACAUGUGUGAUCUCCUCAGGAUCAACACUGACAGAGGGGUGAUGAUUGAAGAUGGGAAGACAAGGUUCACCACCAAGGAUGGGAAGCCCAUUUACCACUUUGUGGGCACUUCCACUUUCAGCGAGUACACCGUCGUCCACGCUGGCUGCGUCGCCAAGAUCAACCCUCUGGCCCCACUUGACAAAGUCUGUGUUCUCAGCUGUGGCAUUUCCACAGGACUUGGUGCUACACUGAAUGUUGCCAAACCACCCAAAGGUUCAACUGUGGCCAUAUUUGGAUUGGGAGCCGUAGGCCUUGCUGCUGCUGAGGGAGCAAGGUUGGCUGGGGCAGCCAGGAUUAUUGGCAUUGAUUUGAACCCGAAAAGGUUUGAAGAUGCAAAGAAAUUUGGAGUUACUGAGUUUGUGAAUCCAAAAGAUCACAGCAAGCCUGUUCAAGAAGUGAUUGCUGAGAUGACAAACGGUGGCGUGGACCGGAGCGUUGAGUGCACCGGCAACGUCAACGCCAUGAUCUCCGCUUUCGAAUGCGUUCAUGACGGGUGGGGGGUAGCGGUGCUGGUGGGGGUGCCAAACAAGGGGGACUCGUUCAAGACGAGCCCGAUGAACCUGCUGAACGAGAGGACGCUGAAGGGGACCUUCUUUGGGAACUACAAGCCGAGGAGCGACCUGCCAUCGGUGGUGGACAAGUACAUGAACAAGGAGCUGGAGCUGGAGAAGUUCAUCACCCACCAGAUCCCCUUUUCUGAGAUCAACACUGCCUUUGAUCUCAUGCUCAAAGGGGAGAGCUUGAGGUGCAUGAUCAAGAUGGACCACGCCUGACUUCAUCAUCUUCAUCAUUCACUUUUCUUAUCUUGGCUGCUCUCUUUUUUGCUUCUUUUCUUCAGUUAAUAAAAACCUGACCUUUUUCCAGGUAGCAUAGAAAAGAUUUGAAUCUAAUCUAUGCCAAAAUAUUGUGUUUCCUUUGCUUUGCUUAGCAAUGAAAAUUCGCUUUCUCCCGUUUCUCUUUGUUUGUAGGAUUACUAUUGUCAUAAAAUAAAGCUGUACAAUUUCUCUUCCUCUAAAUUCAGUUAUGCAUUUUCUUGUUUUCAUUUAGUGAAAGUCUUGAAUCUGACCUU